AUGUACAGUACGAAAAAAAAACAAGGUAAUCUCAAUGAAUUGCGUUAUUCACAUUUUGUAAAAUCAACAUUAAGAACAUCAAUUAAGUUAGAAUCGUUACCUCCUACCGAAGCAGCUGCUAAGGAACAUUCUUUAAGAACAUACCUGCAAGUACAACAAUGGCUUGGACAUAAAAAUGAAGCAACGCAGUGGGGCUGGAAGAUAUUCGUUCAUGGUCUUCAGCCAAAAUAUACAGAAGAUACGCUCAUUCCUGACGAACUAAUAAAGAAAAUAAUAUGCAGAUGUGAAACAGGUUGUAAUGGACAAACAUGCAAUUGCAGGAAACAUGGUUUGCGUUGCUCAUAUCUCUGUGUCAAUUGUCACGGUGAAUCCUGCUCUAAUAUUGAAGAUUUUUUAGAAAUUCCUAUAAACCAGAAAUCUGCCAUUAACCUUGAUAUUGACCUUGAUAUCACACAAGAAACAAUUAUUGAUGAAUCUGAAAAAAUAACUAUUAAUGAACCAGAAGAAUCAUAA